AAUAAUAUUAUUUUCAAUUACCAAAAUUACGUUUUACUAUAGCGUUCAAGUGAUUUUAAUGGGCUAUUUAACUGACUCAAUCAUUGUAUAGGCGUGGUUGUACAAUUUAAUGCUUAUUGAAUGAUGGUAUAGUAUAAUAGUCGAACGUGUACUCUAAAGAAAUGUACCUAUAACGAUUCUACAAAGUAAACUAACUACUAAGCCAGUGUGAUGGCAGAGUGUCCGAUAGCCCAGAUCAACGAAGACGACGAAGAAACCCAAGAUCGAGUCAGAAUUGAACUGCAAGGGUACCUGAAUAAGUGGACCAACUUCUUACACGGCUGGCAAAAGCGAUAUUUUGUAUUGAAGAACGGCACCUUACUAUACUUUAAAUCACAAUCAGAAACUGAGUGUGGAUGCCGCGGUGCAAUUAGUYUAUUGAAAGCUACUGUCAAGGUGCAUGAAGUAGAUGACUGCCGUUUUGACGUGUCACUAAAUGAUUGUGCUUGGUAUUUACGAGCUGACUCAUCAGCAACUAAAAAUCAUUGGAUAGAUGUCAUAGAUUCACUUAAAGCUGAAUCCGGAUACGGCAGUGAAAACAAUUUGAAGCGAAAUGGCAGUUCACUUUCUAUAUUAUCCAGUAAUAUGUCCACCAUGUCACCAGUGUUUAAGAAAAAUAAAGGCUUGCAAGAUAAACUCAAUGAACUUGUAGCAUUUAGAGGUAUUUUAAUUAACCAGAUUGAACGACUUCAAAUGUAUUUCGAUACAUGUUUAGCAGAAUUUGCCUCUUCAAAUGGUAUGGUGGCAUUUUUGAAAAUACUGCGAGGUAAAGACACGCAAAUUCAUAAAUUUCUGGACCCCAGUUAUCACUUAUUAAUAUUAUGGAUAGAAGGWAUUUGUUUCAAGAAAGGGUUCCGGAUCUUAAUAAACGAACAUUCUACUUUAGCGGAAGAUGAAUUUUAUGACGCUGUUGAAUCAUCCAACGAUAACUCUGCCGAGGAUGCUAAACAAAGGAAAGAUCAGUUACUGCAGUGUACAAAAAAUAAUGUUCAAACGGCUCAGACAAAUUGGGGUGAGCUGAUAAGAGCUGCUGCAACAAAUGCUUCUUUGAAACAUGYAUAUUGGCCAGAAAUUGAGCGAGUAGUUGCCGAGCAAAUUAGAUCAGCUCGUAUGGGUCUUGGCAAAGGAGCUUGGCAAUUAUUUGUCGAAGAUGGGGAAAUGAAAAUGUACCGAAGAGAAGUCGAAGAAGAUGGAUUAGUUGUUGAUCCUCUGAAAGCAACUCAUCAAGUGAAAGGAAUUACAGGUCGAGAAUUAUGUCAUUACUUUUUUUAUCCUGAAUACAGAUAUGAUUGGGAAGGUACAUUAGAAACAAUGAAUGUUGUUGAUAAAAUUGCCGAAGACACAAUAUUGUUCCAUCAGAUACACAAACGCAUUUGGCCAGCAGCACAACGUGAUGCUACGUUUUGGUCUCAUCUUACACAUGUUCCUGAUGAAGGGAAUAAGUCUGAAGACAGYCCUCACAUGUGGGCAACUGUCAACAACUCAGUAGAAUUACCAUCACAUCCUCCUAAUGGAGGUAAACAAGUUCGUAUUUAUCUGACUAUUAUUCUCAUGGGUCAAACAAUUAUAUCUCCCGCAGCUAAAGGCCGUGAGAUAAAACGAGAUGAUAUUACAUGUAAAAUUACCUAUUGCGCUGUUGUGAAUCCAGGCGGUUGGGCACCAUCUUCCGUUCUGAGGGCAGUUUAUAAACGAGAAUAUCCAAAAUUUUUAAAACGUUUCACUGCUUAUGUAUUAGAAAAAACAAAAAACUURCCAAUAAAACUUUGAACAAUCAUAUCAUUGAACUAUUCUGUUCUGGAAAUUGGUUAAAUUCUUUAUUUAUUUAUUGUUUUAUURCUAGUAAUUUUUUCAUUCUUGCCUUCACUGUGUUAUGUGUUAUAUUUGUGUACAUAUUAUUCGUAUACUGUGCAGUGUAUAUAAUAAUUUGUUAGAAAUUAACCGGAAUUCAUGAUUUAUAAUUAUUAAUUAACUAUUAUUUUUAGUAAUGAAUUGUUGUAAGCAUAUGUUAUGGCUUCCAAAUUAUACCAAAACCAAAAAAGCUGUUUAGUUUAUUUGAUUUUUUUUAAAUUUUUAAAUUACAAUUUUUAUUGUAAUCUGUUUUUUAAUUAUGUAUUUACUAC